GACGAGGAACAGGCACUCUCCCUUGCGAUUGGGAGGCGCGUGGGAAGGGCCUUUCCGGAUUGGAGGAGCGAAGGGAGGUGGGCGGUGCUGGCGCGGCUGCGCCUGAUCCCGCCAGUCCAGCUGAUCCGCGGGAGGGAGGGAGGCGGAGAUCGGUCUCCCGGCGAUUUCCUAGGAAAGAUUGCUAGUACUUCCACAGCUCUUCAGAUGGACACCGGAGGGGGUGCCCGCAUUGCCUAUGAUGACUAUCCGGUGGUCUUCCUGCCUCCGUAUGAAAGCCCCCCUGCCUGGAUACCUCCCCAUGAGAGAAUUUACCAUUCCGAUUACAACAACGAGCUGACCCAGUUCCUGCCUCGUACCAUUGUUCUGAAAAAGCCACCAGGGGCUCAGCUGGGUUUUAAUAUCCGAGGAGGAAAAGCAUCGCAGCUGGGCAUUUUCAUCUCUAAGGUGAUCCCGGAUUCGGAUGCCCACCGAGCUGGGCUGCAGGAGGGGGACCAGGUCCUCGCGGUUAACGACGUGGACUUCCAGGAUAUCGAGCACAGCAAGAUUACCAGAGGCAGAAGGAGAGAACUGUCCACUAGGAAUCUCUUCCCAGCUCGGCCUUCUUUUUGCAGAGAGGAGGGCAGAAGUGAUGACUAUGGAGCAGAAUUUCCUUUAGGGCAGAGAGCAGCGCCGUGGGCCUGCAAAGGAGGCCUCGUUUAACGUUUGUUUUAAUCCUCUCUCUCCAUGCUGUGAAGUAAGGGACUGAGAGAGAAGGACGUGGCCCGCAACCUGUGCUCUGAUCAGGAAAUGUGUCUAAAUUUACUGGUAAUGCCAAUUCACAAAUGCAUCCCCAGACCUAGAGAGCUGUGAAUCCUUCAGAAGCCUUCUUCCAGAGCGGCUUCCUUUUUACUGCACAAAAGACAAACACUGGGCUCGGGAGCCUUUUAAGUCAUGCCUCUUUUCAGAUACAAGAGGAGGCUGUGGUGGAUUGGGGCACAAUUUAUGGCACACAUCUGCAUUCAGACAUAGUACAAUGCACUGAACUUGUGUGGGUGCAUGUGUCUGGGGAACUUCUCUUUGGAGAAUGCCUUUCUUCCUGGUCUCUGAAGGAUCAGGUGUUUAGCAAUCUGCAUUGUUGCAUGCCCUGGAAUUUGGCUUCAGUAGCAGAAUUAAUGGCCGCAGUGAAUCCUAAUUAAAGUUGGCUUUGAUUUGUAAAGCAAGUUCCUAGUCCUCAUGCCUAAAUAUACUAUUAUCUUUCUCUUUUGUUCCCCUGUCUCCACAUCUGGAUUACUAUCUGUGUUAAAACAAGCUUCCCUCAUCCAACAACCCCUAAGCAAAGUGAUACUCCUACAAUUAUACAGACAUUAAAACGUCUGAUCAGAUUCUGUAGGUGGAAAGGUAUGUGUAUCACACAACCGAAAGGGCACAUUUCUCUGCAUGUCUGGACUGAGAAUGUCUGACAUCUUCCAGUUUUCUCCAACUAGCCUUGCUUUUCUUCUGCAUGGGAAUGCUCUCUUCUUGCUCAUGGGAAUUAGGAACUGUGCAAAGAAACCUAACUGAAACUUUUCCAGAAUGCUGUGGAAACCACGAGUAUUUGCUUCAUGUGCUCUCCCCCACGUGCCAAGCGCAUGGUGCGCCCCGAUCGGCCAUGGCACCCGUCAAUUGAGACAUCCGUGCGUGGUCAUAAUUCUCUUGAGUCCCCUUGAAAACCUGCAUUUCUUUGGAAGGGGUGGCUAAAACCUAUGGACAGGGCAAUACAUUGUUGAGCUGAAACUUACAUAUACUGCAGCUGGAGAUGGGAAGUAAAACCUGUACUUGGGGUUCUGUUUAGCUUAGCCCGAUGUUUUCUCUCACUCUAGCUGUGGCGUUCUCCUUCUCCACUCAAGGCUUCUAAUGUUUUGGGAGAGACAUGGAUGAGCAGCAAUUGUGGACUUUGAGGAGGUAACGGAAGGGGGUAGCAUAGAAACCCAGCCCCUCCACAGGACCUAGUCAGGAAAACCUGCUGCUCCGACUUCGUGAACUUGCAGUGUUGAUCCAUCUGAAUGAGGUGAGGAGGGAAGGGCAGCUAAGAGGAAGGGCCGAGCCAGACUUGGUCUCCCAACCUUUCAGCUCACAAAACACAGCGUGGUCUUGCAGCUGCUGACAAAGCACAUGGAACCUCUGCAGAAUUAUUCCUCUAGCAGGUGCUAUUUUGGGGGUCUCUCCUGUUCACAGUGGAGUGGUCAAUGGAGCAUCUCAUCAGUUUUCUUCCUGCCCUGAUUUUUUUUUCUAUUGCAGUCUUUUUGUGGAAAAGUUUCCGUCUUUAAUAAAAUGAUUCUGUCAUUGUCCA